CAGCGGUCGCUAUGGUAACGUCAGACGGAGCCGCAGACACUAAUGGCAGAAGAACAUCAGGCUCGAUGAGAUCCCGCGGUAACAGACACACACACACACACACACACGCCAGAACUCUCAUCUCCGAGGAUUAUUAGGCGGACACUGGAAUACCCGUGAUUGAAGAUGCCGUGGAUUGUGCCUUUUCUCCAUUUCUACUCGAACUUUCCAUUAACUUGCGCUGUUUCUCUACAUCUGUCUGCAGUGCACGGCGAAUGCGCGCGCCCGCGGGCGGAUAACAGGCGCCGACAUGUUUUCACUCCUCAGGAACACAGACCCGAGCCUGAGUGAUGCAUCAUGGUGCUGUCGUGUGUGUGUGUGUGUGUGUGUGUGUUCUGAUCAGAGGUCAGUGAUUGAUGGAGGAUCGAUGAUGAUGAUGGGCAGAUGCUCGUGCACACGCGCACACGCGCACACAUCACCUGACAGCUCAGUUUAAUGGAUUACUGACAACUAGGUCGGAUUUUUCUGACAAAUGAAUGGAUUACCGAGUCGCACCUCAUUAUUGCACAUCAUUCCUCUUCAUCUCUUCCUCUGCUGAUCUCAGAUUGGACAUUUCCUGAGCUCUUUACCACAUCGUAUCAGGCUGUGGAGGCCAAAGAAAACACAGUCAAUAACAACUGAAUGUAUGCCAUGAAGAAACUCCCUUUGAAUGAGAAGGUAAAGUGGGGAGAGGCGUCCCAGAUCCAACCAGAAGCGCUAUAGCCACACAAACACGGACGAACAGAAACAUGCUGUGGACGGUGGUUCUGAGGUCCAUAGCGUGGCCUACAUUUGUAGCGUCCCUAUUUCUAGCAGUGGGACCUGCAUUCUCCGGAGUCUUUAAUGCCUUAGGUAAAGAUAUUUUUAGUGAGUUUGGAGAGUUCCAGCUCGACGAGAAAGGCCCAGCGGAGCUACGGAAACUCCAAGCCUCUAAUCUCCAUCCUAACUUGUACUUUAACCAAGACGAUGUACCACUGUUGAGACAAAGGUCAACUACAACUCAUAGCCAGAUUUUUAAAGUCAUCCGGACCGCUGUGAUGACGAUGCUCUCGACCGGCCCGCUCUACAUGCCACCCACAAAGCAUGAGGAGUUCACCAGCAAAUGGAAUGAGAUUUAUGGAAACAACCUCCCAGCGCUGGCCCUGUACUGUUUACUGUAUCCCGAGGACUCUUCUGCCCUGCUCUUCCUGAGGAAGUUCAUGGACCGAAUGUCGGAAUAUCCGGACUGGAGAGUAACCAGUGCACCCAAUGAUGAAGGUCCAAUGGCUCAUUCGCUCACUGGAUUUGCUACUGCUUUUGACUUCAUCUACUCGUUCCUGGACCAGCAGCGCAGAGACCUGUACUUGAAGAAGAUUUGUGCUGAAACCAGAGAGCUGUACGAAGCAUCGAAGUACCGGGGCUGGGGGAAACAGUUCCUUCAGAACCACCAGACCACUAAUAUUCUGGCUAUUUUGACCGGAGCAAUAGUCGUGGGCGCACAUGACGUCACUGAGUCCAUGGUUUGGAAACAUGUUUCUGUAAAUUACAUGGAGAAGACAAUGUUUCUGUUAAAUCAUGUUGUAGACGGCUCUCUUGACGAGGGAGUUGCAUACGGGAGCUACACAGCUAAGUCCGUUACGCAGUAUGUUUUCCUAGCGCAGCGCCACUUCAACAUAGACCACACACAGAACAACUGGCUGCGCACUCACUUCUGGUUUUAUUACGCCACGUUGCUUCCCGGGUUCCAGAGAACGGUUGGUAUAGGAGACUCCAACUAUAACUGGUUCUACGGACCAGAGAGCCAGUUAGUCUUUUUAGACACUUUUGUGAUCAAAAACGGGUCGGGGAAUUGGCUGGCACAGCAGAUUAGGAAGCACAGGCCUAGAGACGGUCCCAUGGGUCAGUCCUUAGCCCAGCGCUGGACGACGCUUCACACAGAGUUUAUCUGGUAUAAUGCCGACCUCACGCCACAACCCCCUUACGGUCACAGUAAGGCCAAGAUGCACAUAUUCUCCAACUGGGGCGUGGUGACGUAUGGCGCGGGUUUAUCUGUGGCUCAGGGCAACACCUUUGUCUCAUUUAAAUCUGGAAAGCUUGGUGGCCGGGCAGUGUUUGACAUCGUCCAUGCUAAGCCUUACUCAUGGGUGAACGGGUGGAACAGCUUCAACCCGGGUCACGAGCACCCAGACCAAAACUCAUUCACUUUCGCCCCUAAUGGACAAGUAUUUGUUUCCGAGGCUUUAUACGGCCCCAAAUACAGCUUCCUAAACAACGUGUUAGUGUUCAGCCCUUCCCCGACAAGCCAGUGUAACAUCCCUUGGGAAGGUCAGCUUGGCGAAUGUGCGAAGUGGCUGCGCUGGACCGACGACGGGGUCGGAGACUCGGCAGGAGAGCUGGUCGCCGCUUCUGCCCACGGAGACACCAUGUUCGUGAGCGGCGAAGCGGCCAAUGCGUAUUCCUCAGCCAUGAGGUUAAAGAGUGUGUACCGAGCCCUGGUGCUCCUUAACUCACAGACUCUACUGGUGGUCGACCAUGUUGAGAAAAGACACGACUCGCCAGUGAACAUGGCCAGUGCGUUCUUUCACAACCUGGAUAUCGACUUUAAGUAUGUGCCCCAUAGUUUCUCAGACAGGUACAAUGGGGCGCUGAUGGACGUCUGGGAUGCUCAUUACAAGAUGUUCUGGUUUGACAGUCAGGGACACAGUCCUGAUACUCAAAUACAGGAGGCUGAGCAGGAGGCAGAGUUUAAAAAGAGGUGGACACAGUUUAUCAAUGUCUCCUUUCCUUUCACUGAUUCGGUCAGUAGAAUGGCGUACGUGAUGCACGGGCCUUACGUGAAAGUUUCCGACUGUAGGUUCAUUGAAAGCAGUAAGAAUGGGCUCAAACUUUCUCUCACCAUCAACAAUACUGAGAAAAUAGUUUCGAUAGUAACCAAUCACAAAGACAUUGGGGCACGUUCAAGCUAUCUGGGGUUUGGGGGUUACGCUAAGGUGGAAGACAGACAUCAGAUAGUCCGGUUUGGCUUGGGGACACAGCUUGUCCCCAAACAGACCAAGUUACACAAUCAUCUGUUCGACUUUGGAGUCACGGUGAAUGUUGCAGCUGGGGUAAUACUGUGUGUGGCGAUUGUUUUCCUGACCCUACAGCGCAAGUUUUACGCUUGCUUUAGCAGACUGAUGCAUUACGCUUUGCUUUCUGUCUUAAUGCUGUGGAUAAGCGAGCUCCUGUUCGUCUCCAACAGCUGCGAUCAGCUCCUAUGUGGAGUAAAGUGGCACGGAUCCGCCACAGACCCGGAGCUCAGCAAACAAAUGACAUUUUAUGACCAGCAUCAACUCCCUCUCCCCACUGUAGUGAUAACAUCGCUGCCUGGCUCCGGGUCCGACAUCCUUAAGCACCUUUUCUACAACAACACAGACUUCGUCUACCUACGCAUCCCCACAGAACACUUGGAUAUACCUGAAACAGAGUUUGAGUUUGACUCUUUAGUAGAUGCUUGUGAAUGGACACGCUCAGAAGCACAGUAUGGGCGUUUUAAAAUGAUUCAGGGCUGGCUACAGUCACUGGUCCACAACACCCACUUAUUCCUGCAAAAUAUUCCACUCCAUGACACCAGCCACAUGAAGCCGGCCCAAAGAGUCAGUCUAUCCCAGGACAAGAGGAAGAGACUGAGGAGACGAGAGUCCAGGGCUGAAAUGAAAGGUCGUGUGCGAGUGGACAGGGAUGUGGAGUAUGUGAGGGAGUUGAGGAGACACACGGUGGACUACCCUAAUGCCCGUGUCGUCCUCAACCUGUGCAGCGGCAGCUGGGCUCUAAAGCUGCCCUUUCUCCAAGAAGUCCUCGGCCCAUCUUUGAGGGCCAUCUACGUCAUCAGGGACCCUCGUGCGUGGGUUUAUCUGAUGCUGUAUAAUAGCAAACCUAGCCUUUACUCGCUCAAGAACAUUCCUCAGCAUCUAGCCCUCCUUUUCAAAGAAGAUACGGUUAGUGACGGGUGUCCGACCGCAUUCGCAGCCGAGUUCAGAACGCUGUGGCUCCUCAUAUCUCGUUCAGAGACUGAUCCUGUGCUGUUGCUGGCCCACCUGUGGCUCGCCCACACGGCCGCCGUCCUCAGAGUCACGUCCACCUUAUCCGAAGAGUCCUUUCUUCAGGUCAGGUUUGAGGAUGUUGUAGAUUAUCCUCAGGACACAGCCGAGAAGAUACACUCCUUCCUCGGAGUCCCCGUAUCUCCCUCGGCCCUGAAUCAGCUCAUGUUCACCACCUCCACAAACUUGUAUAACUUGAUGUAUGAAGGGGACAUAUCACCAGCCAACAUCAACAUAUGGAGGCGAAACCUGCCAAGGAGAGACAUCAGACUCAUAGAGCACACCUGUGGGUUCCUGAUGAGGCAGCUCGGGUAUCAAAUGUUCUCUGACUGAUUAGCUGCUGGCCAGCUGUUGUCCUAAAUCUCUUGUGUCUGUUUGAUAUUUGUGUUGUAUUUUGCACAAAUUUGGGUUGCAAACCAAGUAAAAGUGAAAAUGAAAGAAAUAGGCACAAGAAUUGAAUGUCAAUCUGUGACAGUCUGCACCAUGUCUGAUCUAACAUAUGUCAUUUUUUACUACAAUGCCUUCAGGAUACCGUUCAAAAGUUUUAGAUCGAUAAGAUGUUUUUAAAAGAAGUCUCUUCUGCUCACCAAGACUGCAUUUGUACAGUAAAAGAGUUGUAUUGUGAAAUAUUAUUGCAAGCUAAGGGUGUACUCACACUAGGCACGGCUGUCUUGUCCCGAGCCCUGGCGCGAUUGU